CUGACACCUGAUCAGAUGAAACUUUGUGAUGUGUUAAAGAUCCAGGCUGCAGUCAGAUCUGCCAAUGUCACAGGAGUGAGAUACUGUUCUACACACAGUGAAGCAGUAAAUUACAAAUACAUUUAUAUUUUAGUAAUGUUACAGCUUAGUAAUGUAAACCUCAGCACACAUAUUUAAAACAGGUAAAAAACCAUAGCUGAUACCGUCUUUAUCAAAUUCCCUCCUUCACUGCAUCAUGUCCAUCUCUGAACCUCAACCACAUUGUUUCAUUCAUUUAUGUAGCUGUAAAGUCAUGACAUGACUGGGACGUUGCCUAUUCUUUAUCCAAUACAGUUAUUGUGGGCGGAGCUACAUGGUUGACGUGGUGAUGCUGACAGUGAUUGAGAGAAAAUGUACACACUUGGUGUUUAUUGAUGGAACUGUCAUUAAGUUUAUUUAAAAAUUAGGGGUGUGUAUGGGCACAAAUCUGCUGAUAUGAUAAGUAUAACAAUACGGGGCAAUAAUAGUACGAUAUUAUAGGCACAUUGAUGUUGAGUUUUUUUUAUAACAAUUUAACUGUAGGAAAACUGUCAGCAUAGUAAACACACAAUGCUGCUACAUCUUAACAUCAGGUUACUAAAGUUGGAACAGGGAUCUACAGUUGGAAUCACUAGAGAAGAAAUAAAAUGGACCAACACCAUGAAUAUUUGCCUGUUAAUUGUUAAAAAAAAAGCUAAUAACGUGAAGCAAAAUAUUGCAAUAUUUCAAUAUUUUCUUACACCCUAAUAUAAAAAAAGAACACAGCAUGUACUUUGUACUAACUUGUUGCACUGACUCACUCACAGAAGGACACAAAAAGGUGUUUCAGAUCCAGGUGUGUAUCUCUCUGUCCUGGAAAAAAAACCCUUAAACCCACACGGGCCUUCACACCUUGCUGCACCCUGCCUAUCCAAACUGUAGGCCAAGGGCCACAUCCAGCCCAGACACAACCUUAGAGAGGCCGAGUUUGUGUUCAUUAAAGAAACGUGGAGAGAAACAGUUCACAGUUCUGUUGUCAGGCCGGUGGAAAAGUCUAGAUUAAAUUAAACUAGUGCAAUCUUGGAGCACAUCAUGUACAUCACUACUUCAUACAACUGUUUCCUCCCAAUUUAGAAAUGUUAUGUUUGCACACAGCUGCUGCUGCUACACAAUAAUUUAAUUUGUCAUUUUUCAUCUCCAGCGCCUAAGAACAUGUUAAAAAAACAAGUGAAACGAUGAAUGAAAAAGAAACAACUCUGUAAAUAACUUAAAAAUAAAUAUAACAUAUGUAAAAGUAAAAAAUGUACAAUUAAAGUCCCUCCCCCGGUGUGAUGUCAGGCUGGUGUGGACCACCCACUAAGCAGUGACACUAAGAGUGAGAGCAGCAGCAGAUCAGAUCAGUCAGGAAUCUGAGCAUGAUCAUGAUGAUGUCACAUGUCCUUUAAUUUUCCUCAGCUGUAAUUCAUGUGUUGUUAAUUUCUAAAGAGGUGAAAACACUGACUCUAAUUUUUAACCGAUUUCGCUCAAUUUAUGUAGUUUUUCAUCAGCAGUUUGACAUUUGGUAAAUAGUGUACAAAUACUGCUGGAUUAUAAUCUGCUCUUCUGUAGUUUGAGGCUCUGAUCUUUCCUAAUUGCAGAUUCAUGGGAUUAAUGACAGCUUUAACUGGUUCAGUGUUUGUCUUAAUGAGUGUUUCUGGUGUUGUUUAAAUGAGAAACUAAGAACUUAAUUUUCUCUAAAAAGUAAUCAUAUAAACAGAUUUGAGAUUGAUUUUCUUCUUUAUGUGUUCUGACUAUUAUUAAUAUAUUUCUAACUGUAGUGUGAGUAUGUUGCAGUGUUUGAGCUUCUGUGGGUCUGUGGGAUUAUAAAGAUGCUGGUGAACUCCUCUCAGGUGUCAUAUUUUACUCUGGCUGCCUACUGUGACCUGGGCCUGGUCAAAUAUGUGAUCUUUGUGUUUGUUCUGUGUUUAUAUGUUUCCAUCAUUGUCUCCAACCUGCUGUUGAUUGUUGUCAUCUGUAUGAACAGGAGUCUACAUGAACCUAUGUACCUGUUCCUAUGCAGCCUGUUUAUGAAUGAACUGUGGGGAAGCACAGGUUUGUUUCCACUUUUGCUGCUCCACAUUCUCGCCGACGUUCACAAUGUGUCCUCCGCCUUCUGCUUUCUGCAGAACUUCUGUUUGUAUUCAUACGGUGGCGCAGAGUAUUUGAUCUUGGCCGUCAUGUCCUACGACCGGUACCUGGCCAUCUGCCGCCCUUUGCAGUACCACACGCAGAUGACAAUAAACCGAAUCUUCACUCUCAUUGGGGUCACAUGGUUCUGCCCUCUGCUGCUGUGUCUAGUGAUGACCUCUCUCAGUAACUCCCUAACGUUGUGUGGGAACAUCAUCAAAAAGGUAUACUGUGACAACUACUCCAUUGUAAAGCUGUCGUGUGAAGACACAACUAGCAACAACAUCUACGGCUUGUUUGUGACGUGCUGCUCCAUCUUCUGUCCUCUUGUCCUGAUCUUCUUCUCAUACGUGAAAAUUCUGAAGAUCUGUUUCUCUGGCUGUAAACAGAGCAGACAGAAGGCUCUCAACACCUGCUCUCCUCACCUGGCCUCACUCAUCAACUUCUCCUGUGGGGCCUGUUUUGAAAUCAUGCAGAGCAGGUUUGAUAUGAAAAAUCUCUCCAACAUGAUGAGGAUUUUCCUGUCUCUGUACUGGCUGACAUGUCAGCCACUGCUGAAUCCUCUGCUCUAUGGUCUGAACUUGUCCAAGAUAAGAAACCUGUGUAAAAGUCUGGUCUCGGCUUAAACCACACAUCGUGGUGAAUGUGUU